UGACAUUAACCAGCAGAGAGAGGGGGAAGCGAUCGGCGAGUGCAGUGUCGCGCUGCUGUCAGGCUAUCGCCCCCUCUCCUCCCCCUUAUUAUGGUUUUUAUGUAAUCGCAAUAGCUCGCUGGUCGUGACCCCCUCCCUCCCCGGUCCGUGCAUUGUAUGGGGAGUGACGAGGAUCGGAUGGACUUUCUCUAGUCCCCACCCUGCAUUGAUGCCCGGCGUUGUGGCACCUUUAUCCUUGCCCAUCGCCACUUUCUCUCUCGGUAAAUCUACAUGGCCGCUUCUGCACACACGGUCUGUACGAUCUGAUCGUGCAUUUUCUGCCGCCGACGAGAUCGCUGUCACGCUAUAAUCUAGCUGCCUUGGCUGCGCGGUUCCCGAUGCCGAGAAGAUGGAGAGUCGGAAGCUGCUAGACAAGAAGCCGGCAGGCGAUGGGCUGGGGAGCGGGGAGAGCCGGUUGGCCCUGUCCGCCCGGGAGCACUGCGAGCUCAUCCAGAACAUGAUCGACAUCACCAUGUCCAACCUGCGGGGGCUCCGCACCCAGUGCGCCGCCUCGAACGACCUGGCGCAGCAGGAGAUCCGGACCCUGGAGGCCAAGCUGAUGAAAUACAUCAGUAAACAGCUUCAGUGCAAGCUCCAAGUGCCUCAUCCUGAGAGAACGCAGAAGCUGAACAGCUAUCCUAAAGUCCGAGACUGGCUCUAUACAAUUGGUGUGAGAAAUGAGGUUGUGCAGAAAAUACGUGAUGACUUAACACUAGAUGCCUUACUGGAGAUGAAUGAGUUAAAAGUGAAAGAGACCAUGAAGAAGUAUGGAGCUAGCACAGAAGAGUGCUCUCGGCUAAAUGGAGCGCUUACCUGUUUAAGGAAGCUAGCGUGGUCAGGUGGCGACAUGAAGGAUACAUUGUGGAAUCCUAGUGAAAACCGAAAAGACAGCUCCUCCCAAUCUCCAUAUGACCUCUCAUCCCCAGGAGGAACAGUUUGGACUUUAAACACUCAAAUUCCAAAGGCCAACAGCCACCAGCCUCGAUCCAUAUCGGUGUCCGCCAUCCCUGUUUCUGAAUCACAUGGACCUUAUAUUUAUUCAGAGAGCUUCCAGGAUCCAUUUAGCUCCUCAACACCAAGCAAUAGGCUUACACUGAGGACUCCCCAGGGGUUUACAAUUACACCACCUACCACUCCAAUGACAAAGAGACACAUGAAACUAAAGCCUCCUCGGACACCACCGCCACCUAGCCGCAAAGUUUUUCAGCAGCUGCUACCCAACUUUUCAACGCUGAAAAGGAGCAAGUCUCAUGAAUCACAGCUUGGGAACAGAAUAGAUGAAGUUCCAACUCCAAAGUUUGAUAUUCCACAUGGGUCACCGCAGAUGGUACGGAGAGAUAUAGGUCUUUCAGUAACUCACAGAUUUUCUACAAAAUCUUGGUUGUCUCAAGUGUGUCACGUCUGUCAAAAGAAUAUGAUGUUCGGGGUCAAAUGUAAACACUGCAAGUUAAAAUGCCACAAUAAAUGCACAAAAGAAGCUCCACCAUGUAGAAUAUCGUUCCUUCCUCUACCAAAAAUAAGAAGGACGGAAUCUGUUCCAUCAGAUAUUAACAACCAGGUGGAUCGACCUGCAGAACCGUUAUUUGGAACCCUUCCCAAAGCCCUCACUAAGAAGGAACAUCCUCCAGCAAUAAACCACUUGGAUUCGAGCAGUAACCCAUCUUCAACCACAUCUUCUACACCUUCUUCUCCAGCCCCCUUCCAGUCCUCCAAUCCGCUCAGUGCUACCACUCCACCAAAUCCAUCUCCAAUGGGUCUGAAAGAUAGUCGCUUCAAUUUCCCAGAAGUCUUGAGUCCGGCACCAAUAACACAGACACCUGAACCCCCCGAAAAUCCCAGUGCCGAGGCCGAAAUGGAAACAGAGGUAGUAGAAGAACAGGAAGCAGAGGGUGAGGAGCAAGAAGCCAACAAAUCUGAACCAGAGUAUGAUGAUGAUGAACUGGAUGAGCUCCCAACCUCAAGAUCCACAAGUGGUACUUUCAGGGGAAUGAUCUUCCGCAAGGCCAGCCAAACCAGUGUCUAUUUACAGGAAUGGGACAUACCCUUUGAACAAAUUGAACUUGAGGAACUUAUUGGUCAGGGAAGAUGGGGGAAGGUGUACAGGGGGCGAUGGCAUGGGGAAGUAGCAAUUCGUUUAUUGGAGAUAGACGGCAACAAUCAAGACCAUUUAAAACUCUUCAAGAAGGAGGUGAUGAACUACAGGCAGACACGUCAUGAGAACGUGGUGUUGUUCAUGGGAGCUUGCAUGCAUCCUCCUCAUUUGGCCAUCAUUACUAGUUAUUGCAAAGGAAGGACACUCCAUGCAUUUGUGAGGGAUCCGAAGGCCUCACUUGAUAUAAAUAAAACCCGACAGAUUGCUCAAGAAAUUAUUAAGGGUAUGGGUUAUCUGCAUGCUAAAGGCAUUGUCCACAAAGAUUUAAAAUCAAAGAAUGUUUUCUAUGAAAAUGGCAAAGUGAUUAUCACAGACUUUGGCCUCUUUGGAAUAUCAGGAGUUGUGCAAGAAGGGAGGCGUGAGAAUGAGCUGAAGCUGAGCCAUGAUUGGUUGUGUUUUCUGGCCCCUGAAAUUGUGCGUGAGAUGGCCCCUGGCAAGGAUGAAGACAAACUUCCCUUUUCAAAGGCUGCAGAUGUAUAUGCCUUUGGGACUGUAUGGUAUGAACUUCAAGCUCGGGAUUGGCCAUUCAAAAGUCAAGCACCCGAGGCUCUUAUCUGGCAAGUUGGGAGUGGUGAAGGUGUGAAGCAAGUGCUGUCUACUAUUAGUCUGGGAAAAGAGGUCACUGAGAUUCUGGCUGCAUGUUGGGCAUUUGAUUUUAAUGAAAGACCAAGCUUUACAAUCCUUAUGGACAUGUUAGAAAAGCUGCCAAAACUUAACCGAAGGUUGUCACAUCCAGGUCACUUCUGGAAAUCUGCAGAUAGACACUGGAACAAUUUUUACACAAAGGGUCAAUUCUACCAUCAUGGUUUUCACAUCCACUGCCCCGUUACCAACAAAUAAAUGGGCAGGCUAAACCCUCAUCUUCCUCUGUAUUCUGUGCACCUUCUUUUUAUAAGUUCUGGAUAAUAUAUCACUGCUUAAAUAUACAUUUAAAGAAAAUGUGGGGUGAGUUAUUAGAUUCCUUGUCUCUUAUAAAGCUUAGCUGAUGUUUAAGCUAAGACUUGUCCCAUCUGUAACAGAAUAUAUGUCUAAAGUAAUCUGGUAAUGUAGUAACAUUAAAUGCCCCUCCUGUAUCCAGUCAUGGCAGCUGCAUGGUUUACACUUUUUCUUUAUGUUGGAAAUAUAUACGGUACAUUUAUAACUGGAAUUACAUUGCUACUCAUUUAGUGAGCACUGAAUAGUUUCAGAAAUAGGCAUCAUGUGAAAGAUGAUGACUGUGCAGAUUUCUAACCCUAAAAAGCAGAGAGGCUCGGAAUCAGGUUCUGCUUUCCCUUUACAAAAAGUCACUCUAUUUUUAUUGUUUUGGAGUGAUUUUGAACGUAGGCUUAGACUUCAUGGCAUCAUUGAGUCAUUAUAAAAUCACUGCAUUACCACAACUCGUGGGUGACUUCAUUUUUCUCUAUGGGAAUAAAAAGUUACAAUGCACCUCGCGACCAUCUGAAAAAAUCUGAACUGAUGUCCAAUUUUUUCAGAUUUUUACAAGCUCGUUGAUAGUCAUCUCUGUGGAUCCCUAGCCUUACAAGAUUUUUUUAAUCAAAUCCAUGCAGGAAUAUUGGCAUGUCAUGUCCAUUUCUUUUCUCUAUAAACCACCAAACUUGUCUUUUAUAACUGCGUUGUGACAUUACUAAUAUGACUUCCUUUUGUUCUUUUAACGUUGAGGACUGUUGAUUAACUAUGUUUUCUCCUCCUCGUAGGUUAUAGCUGCUGGCCAUCUAACUGGGCUCUGCCUUGCAUGCUUCCAUGCAUCUUCUGCUAAUCUACAGCUUCGUGGACACUUACCUUCCAUCCACAAAACAAAUAAUCACCAAUAUUAGAAAACCCUUUUAACCCUUGGAUGUAUCUGCCGCUUUGAUCUUUUUCUUGCCUGCUAUUCUCUCGGUGUGGGCUGUUUGCUUGAAUAACAAUUCUGAUUGCAAGAAAUCUACUUGGCACUAACCAUAGGACUAUCUGUGUUUCUUGUUACUCAAGCGCUAUGGGCCAGCAGUAACUUUUUCUAAACUAGGGUUACCAGCAUUUUAGUGGAUUCAUUGCACUGGGUGCUUUACGUCUGUGUCCUUCUAAUACGCACUUUUUUAGUCUUUUUUGUGUGUGUCUGUUUUUGAGGAUUGUCCAUCAAGAAACAGCACAAUGUCAGUAAUUUAUGCCAUAGCAUACUAUCAUGCAGCACUGAGUUUUGGACUUAUGUACCCACUGUUUAUGUUUUGGGUAUUAGUAUUGACCCUAGUGAUGAUGGUCACAUCUAUAGCACAGUCAGACUUGGAUUACAUCCCCCUGAAUGAAAAUAGAUAUUGAUUUGGACAAGUUUUUGUAUGUGAGGAUUGACAUAACCUCCCACCACCUACGUGUCAUACUUCCUCCUUAAGCUACUGUGCUACACUAUUUGCAUUGUACUGUCUUUACAGAUAGCUUUUAUCUUUACUUAAUAGUAGCUUCCUCUUCUGAAGUAAAAGGGAAGUACAGUAAGAACACUCAGAGUGACCGAUGCAAUGUUGAAAGUUGGGGAGGUCACAACAGUUAUUAUAUCAGCAGUUGAGCAAGCAUCAUAUGUUUCAAUCAAGUGUCAAAAUAUCAUAGCUCAUCUACAUAUGGUUCCUUGUUUUUAAACCCUUAUAAAUAACCAGUUUAUCAUUGGGAAAUAACCUUAUCCAGGUCCGUUGGGCCUGAGUGCUGUUCUCUUGUUGGACAAUCUCAUAAUCAAUGAUAUUAGGUAUGUAUAGUGGAUGAAGUGCAAACUGAAAUGUUUUAACUGGUCUAACUUAGACAUGUUUGUUUUAUUCC